GACAUACAUCAUUUCAGCCCAUCCUACAGCUGCUACCACAGGGAUGGAGACUACAGCAUUGCGGGAAUAACCGAGACCGCCUGCCGAGAGACAAAUUCAAUUGACGGACCUUUUCUUUCAAUAUUUUUCCUGACGAUAAUAACGCGCAGAGGGAGCUCGGUGCUGCAGCUGUCACUGGGUUAAAACCUGUCAACCUUGGAGAGACAGAACUCCUCGCUACCGGCUGCUACUGCGGCGCAAACCGGAUCUCACGUCCAACCUGGAGACGUUUUUGCUGCAUUCAUGAUGAUCUGAGCGUGACUUCUGGACGCUGAGUGGAGGCAUCCCUCUCUCUCUCUCUCUCGCUCUCUCUCCCUUCAGUUUCUUUCUCUCCUGCCCCCCUUCCGUCUUUCUUUCUCUCUCUCUCUCUCCUUUCUUUUCGCGGGUUCAGCACCGGCUGCCUUUUUAUAGUUAUAGCCCUUUUUUCAGCGCUGGGUAAGCCGACAGAGAUGGGAGGACCGGGUUUCAGGACCACGGAGAGCGCCCGACUACUGCUGUUCAUUGUGUUUGGUGUGCUGCUGCUUUCCGGGGCGCUGGGGGAGCAGGAGGGGGAGAACCUGUCGGGUCUCUCCAACAACCCGGACAAAGCCAUCUUCGCUGUUCGGGAGAACGGCACGACAUGUUUGAUGGUGGAGUUCGCCGUGAGAUUCCUCGUGCCAUAUGACGUGCUCGCGCUCAAUGGGAUAGACCUGAUCACAGAGCAGGCGUCGUUCACUCUGCCCCGUGGUGCAGAAAUCGAGGGGAAAUGCGGGAUCACCGAGUCAGAGAUCCACAUAACCUGGAAGAACGAAGCUUACACUCUCCGCAUCUACUUCUCUAAGGAGUUCCGUGACAAGGAGGAAGAGGUGUGGAAGGUUAGCAAGGUCCAGUUCGUCUACGACACCUCGGAGACAUCGCAUUUCAUCAACGCAUACAACCCCGGGAAGCACACAGCAAGCACCCACCGCCUGUCGGCCCUGGUGACCCCCGCUGAGCACUCCUUUGUGUGCGCGGCACAGCAGACCCUCACCCUAAUCUCCAGUGACCACCAGAAGGGUGUCACAGUCUCCAUGUACGACAUCCAGAUCCAGCCCUUUGACAUCGCCUCUGACUUCAUGUUCGGUGAACCCUUCAAGUGUAUCACCGACCAGCGGGAGCGCCUGGAGGAGACCCUCCCCAUCGUCCUGGGUUUCAUUUUGGCUCUCAUCAUUGUCAUCACGCUCACCGUCUACCACUUCCACCUAAAGCUGACAGCACCCCAGCCUCAGCUCCCCAGAGAUCGCUCCAUGUACAAGAACAUGUAGUCAGCAGCUGCGGCUCCCUCGGCUCUCUCCAAAGCUAUCCUGAUAAAAGACUUGUAUCCUCCAUGUCCCAGGCCUAUCACCAGAGGAAAGUGGUCGGCCAUGGACUGAUCCCCUGAUAAGAAGAAAUUUGUGUAGCCUGCACUGCAGGCCCACUGGAACUUUCCAUCAGCUAAAACACAGGUGAAUCGGACAGCUUGGGGCUUAGCAUGGAUGUAGUUGGAGGGUCAACCCACAAAAAUCAAACACACCGGGAUGCUGAAGUAAAUCUGUGUGCCAUAAAUUCAUAGUCUGUAUCACAGUGAUUGGAAUUUUAAGGAAAAUAAAAACAUUAAUUUAAGCCUUAUGAAACUAAAAUUGAUUUAUGUUCAGAUUGGCGUUUGUCUGACAUUUGAAAAUCACCGGUUUCUUUCCUGAUAUCACUGAGGCCUACUUCAUCACUUUUUAUCCAAUUGUCUUCAGAAGAAAUUACAGAUAUUUGCCUGAACGUCUGCUGUUUGUCAUGCCUCCUUCUCUCCGAAACUGCUGCUACACAAUUCAUUACCUACUGUUGGUUCUGUAUUUGCUAACCUCAAAACAUUUUUUUUCAAGAAUCCCUUUUUUAUUUCAGUUUUGAAUGCAGCCAGUGUUGACAGUGGACAAGUCUUGUUGUGUGUACAGUGCUGUGGCAUUAAGAGUUGCAAUGUUUUUGCUUUCACUUAAAAAAUAUAUUUUUUCUCAAAACUUAAGUAUUGAACAUAUCAAAAAAAUAAGAAUAAAGUCUGACUAAAAAAAGUCUGUACUAAUAUGAAGAAUUUAUCAGAAUACCAUGUGGGUGUUUAUUAAAUGCAGAGGUUAUGAAAAUAAAAAAGUAAUAAUGUGUAAAAUAUUUUCAGAAACAAAGUCUAUGCAUUAACUUCUGCUGAUGCAAAUCUUGUGCAGUAUUCUUCUGUUCAUUGAAUAAAUUAU